GUGCGGAAGUGGUGGUGACUGUCGGUGCCGCUCUGCGCCGCGCUCCCCUUACCUCUGUGGCGGCGUCCCCUGAGGCGGAAGAGCGGGGCCGGGAGAGGUUCCAAGCCUUUGCUCCGCUGGCAGAGUUAUAAAAACGUCAGCAGCAAGUUGUGUGGAUGGGAAAUAAGGGAACAGCUACGCGCCACGGGAUUCCUUCCACUUCCACAGCCUGCCGACGCCUUCCGACUUGCUUACUGCCAAGCAGGGGGGCUCACCCUGGCAUGGUCGCUGCCGGGUGCCCCCGUAGCGCCCCGUGACUUCGAGGUGGUCAUCCUGGAGUGAAUUGCGCCGGGUUCCCUGCAGGUUUGGUGUUCUGCCGGCAGGAAUCCCUUGGCAGAAAGAAGGAAGAGCGUCAGCGCGGUUCGUACCGCCGUGGUAGGCCUCUGCCUCUGUGCUGUUGUUCGGCUCUUGAAUCUCUGGCAAUACAUGUGGAAUUAGCCACAUUGGCAGACCCAAGCAGAUGCUACUUGAGGAGAUCAGUGUUUUUUGGGGGGUUAUUCCAUUUUGAGACCAGACCUUCAGCUGCAGCAAAUGAGCGUUGUCCAAAAGCAGUAGAGCAGUGUUUGGGUCAGGUCUCUGAGCCAUCUUCCCACCCGCUAAGGUUAAAAAAAAUAAGAGUUAAAGGGAGGUGGCUUCUGUAGGAAGCUGCCAUGAUGAGCCCAAACACAAGGAAAGCUCCAGGAUCCGAUCAUGCAAAUUUUUCCAACACAAACAGUGAUUAUCUUUUCUUAAUACUUUAAAAAACAAGCUCCCUUGAUAUUACUCUCCAGUGAAGUCCCCAGUAGUGUUGCCCUCCUCCUCGCUGAGCUCUGCUCAGCCUUUUUGUUCAAGCUCUGCCUACGUUUUCCUCCCAACCCACCCGUUUACUGUUCCAAACAGCUGCAUUCAUGCUUCCUGCCACAAUGCCCUGACUCUGUUUCUACUUCCCUUAAUUGCAUCUGCUCAAUUCCUCCUCUCUCCGCUCCCAAGUUGUAAGAAACUUCUACUAGGUAGCCCACAGUGAAGACAUCAUUUUUCUUUCUCCCUUAAUUUCCUCCAUGGCCUAGAAACAGGCACGUCUCUUAUUUUCUCUGUACUGGUCAGGUUGGGCCAACCAGUCUUGUCCGCCUGCAGGAAGAAUUUUCUAUGUUAAUCCCUUUUUUUUUUUUUUUAAAUGUUGUAACAAAAAAGUCUGGGUCCUGGCUGUGCGUGGUAUUGUCAAAAGUGAGAUGCAGAGGGAUAAAUUGUGUGAAAAUUAGAAUUUGGCUAGAAUUUGGCUAGAAUUUCACUGCAAAAUGUAUUUUUGAUUCCAGAUAUUUUAAUUUCUUUUAAUAUAUUUGUUUUGAAAGAUGGUGGUCUUCAGUGCCUCAGCGUAGUAACGUGAUAGGUGCUGUGCUUUGCGUACGUUUUGAAAAUCAAUGUGCUUUAACACAACAUUGAAGAGCUCUAGCCGCAGACUAGAACUCCCUUUUAAGAGAUUUUUUUAGAAGGCAGAAUUUAGCCUUUGCCCUGCUCCUGCGAGUAAGUAUGAAAAGAAAGCAGGAGGUGGAAUUUAAUGAGGCUGCUCUGGCUGUAGGGUGUUGUAGAGAACAGGACAGACAAGAUGCUGCUCUUUGUGUCUUCUUAGUGGGAGGGUUUAGUAGAGAAGACGGAGCCAAACUCAUCCUGUGGAUGCACAGUGAGGGGAACAAGAGGCAACGGGGACAAGCAGGAAUGUGGGAAACCUCGGUUAGAUGGGAUAUUUUUUCUUUUCCACCAUGAUGGUGAUCAAACAUGGGAACGAGGGAGCAGGGAGGCUGCGGGAUCUCUGUCGUUGGAGAUGCUCAAAACUCAACUGGGUGAGGCUUUAAGCGCGGGGCUGGGCUCGAGACCUCUCCCAACCCAAAUUCCUCUGAAAUCCUGUGAUAUCGUGCGUGUAUCUUCACUGGUGUGACACUCUCCUUUCUCACAACCCAAGGGAAUGACGAUGACCAGCCUCCUGCCUUCAGCAGGGGACGGAAACUGCUAUUACAUCCUGACAGAAGACUGUGCUUAUGGCAGCAAGUACUUCCAAGCUGGGAACAUGUGCUUCUGCAGCGAAAGAAGUUACCUGCGCAAUUUCUCCGAUGACAGGCCCCCAGCUUGCUUCCUGAAAGUCAUCAUGCUGGAUGACAGCUCCACCGUCACGAUAAAUGUGGAAAUCCUUCAGCCCGUGCGCGAGGAGGCGGCUGUCUUCCUCCUGGCCGUCAGCAGCCACAACGAACGUUUGAACUACUUCUUGGAGAGGCUGAGCCUUGAAGCAGCUCUGCGGGCUGUGCCGGGCCAAAGAGUGAUGGUGGAGGUCGACCGGCAACAUUUCCCUGGUAUCAUCCGCUACAUCGGGAGCAUUUACAAAAACACUUCGGCUGUGCUGUCUCCGUUCUUCUUUGGGGUGGAGUUACAGGCCGAGGGUGAAAACAGAGGGCGCAGCGACGGAUCUUAUCACGGCACCGAAUAUUUCAAGUGUAAGCGGAACUGCGGGAUCUUCCUGCCUUUUAGCAGAGUCCAGUUUGCUCCCAUGGCAGACGACGACUAUGUAAAACAGAAGCCAAAACCGGACGCGGAGGAGGGGGUUCCUGUGAAAGUGGGAGACGCUGUUAGCUUCUAUGUGGACGAGGUCCUCACAAAAGGAAUAGCGAUGGCAGUUUACAGGGAGGGAACCCAAUGGUUCGUUAAAGUUUGCCCGGAAGAAGAAGGAACAACUGACAUUUUCAGAGAAAUCCCUAUGGACUCUGUCGUGAAGGAAAGCUUGCAAAGUUUAUUUUCACCGUUCGAGUCCGACAUGGGCUUGGGACACCCAAACCAAAUGAAACGAGAAAUAAGCGAGAACAGCGAGGAGUGCGAAAGUGGGAAUUCACCCCUGGAAGUGAACUCCAUGGUCCAGAUCACCUUGGACAAGGGAAAUCAGGUUUCGGGAAUCAUCCGCUGGUUGGGCUACCUGCCCCAGAUUAAGCACAAAAUGGCAGGAGUUGAACUGGAUGAAGACAAGGGGGUCACCGCUGGCGAAUGGCUGGGCAAAUACUAUUUCCACUGCGCUCCAAAGCGCGGCCUCUUCGUGAAGCUGCAGUCCUGCCAGCCUGACGUUCGCUUCCAGUGUUUGCGCAACAGUGACCUCAGCCUCGUGGAUUAUAGAGGGCAAGAAGUUCUUCCACAGACUCCAGACAGCUUUCCUCCCCUCAGGAAUGAGGCAGCAGUAUGUGUCCUGCGAGGGCGGAUGAAGGGAAUCCAAGGCCAUUGUAAUUCCUGCUAUAUGGACGCAGCUCUCUUCAGCCUCUUCUCCUGUACGUUUGUGCUGGACUCCAUGCUCUUCAAGCCCUUCCCACUGUGUGACAGGAAUGUCCAGAGCAUUCUGCGGGAUGAGAUUGUUAAUCCCCUUCGAAAGACUGGCUUUGUCAGGGCUAGGAGCGUGAUGCACCUUAGGGAGCAGCUGACUGAGAAGGGCCAAUGUUCAAGCUUUACCAACGCUGAGAAAGAUCCUGAGGAGUUCCUCAAUCUCAUAAUGCAACAGAUCCUGGGAAUAGAGCCGCUCUUGAAACUCCAGUCAGGAGGCCAGAAGGAGCAGGACUGUUACUGUUACCAGAUAUUUAUGGACAAACAGGAGAAUCUGGUGGUUCCCGACGUGCAGCAGUUAGUGGAACACUCCUUCCUGUCCUCUGAUCUGAAGUUAGUGGAGAUCCCGUCAUGCUUCAUUAUCCAAAUGCCACGUUUUGGGAAGGAAUAUAAAAUGUUCAGCAAAAUCAUUCCUUCCUUGGAGCUGGAUAUAACAGAUCUGCUGCUUGACAGUCCCAGGGAGUGCUGCGUGUGCGGCGAUGUCGCCACCCUGGAGUGUUCAGAGUGUUUCAAAGACAAGGUAUUUGCAGCUACGGGCCUGAAGCAGUUCUGCAGCUCCUGCUCCAGACAGGUUCACUCCCACUACCGACGCAAAACGCACAAGCCAACUAGGCUGCGCGUCCCAGAAGAGUUUCACAGCCGGAGCCCCCGGGGCAGUCAGCAGGUCCCUCGUGAGAAGAUGGAGCUUUUUGCAGUGCUCUGCAUCGAGACCAGUCAUUACGUCUCCUUUGUGAAAUACGGCCCUGAGAACGAACACUGGAUGUUCUUCGACAGCAUGGCUGACAGGCACGGUGAUGAAAACGGCUUCAACAUUCCCACAGUAACGCUGUGCCCUGAAGUUGCCAAAUACCUGGACUUGCCGCUGGCUGUGCUGGCCCUGGAGCAACCUCGGGACAUGGACGGAGUAGCCAAGCGCCUCUUCUGCGAUGCCUACAUGUACAUGUACCAGAGCAAGAAGAUGGCACUGUACAAAUGACACUGCCUUGAGCUGGUGCUGCAGAACGGCGUGGCGUUGGAAAUGGGAGCUUGGAUCAACCCUGCAGCUCAUAAUUGGUGAAAGCAGCCGAGUCUGGGUGCACCGAGCUUGCACUUCUGCCUCUUCUGACCUCCUCCAGUGUCUGAUAUCAAGCUAUCCAUGUCAGCCUGUCUGGGUUUGUUAAAUCCUGUACCUGGCUUUAUUGAGUGAUAGUUUGUACUUCUGGCAGACCUGGAUUCUGAAGUAUUUAUGCUCAAAUUCAUUCUCAUUUCCUACCUUCCCUUUCCACCCUUCUUCCUCCCCAGGCACUCUGCAGCUCUGCCCUACCUCAGAGUCCUUCCCAACAGCCUUUUCUCCCUGCCAGCCCCUCCCUCCAAAGCCGAGGACCAGCAUCUAAUCAAAACACGAACAGUUAUCCUCAGGUUAAUCGUUACCACCUUCUUGCAAAGAGCACAAGAAAACCACGGCCUCGCCCUGCGUAAGACAUCACCAUCCUCACGUGGACUUGCGGAGUGAGAAAACCAGGUUAAGAGAUGGGUCAGGAACGAGGGUUUUUCGUCAGGUCUGGGAAGUGACCCCACACGUAAAGCUGGCUCCCUGAAUUGUCUGCGCUUCCCUUAUCCAGCACGAAUACUCUGGCACUUGUCCCCACCAUCCUUUAUUUUCAACCAUGAGAUUAAUUGGAUGUCUUGAGCUGCAAAUGUGCUUUAAAAAUACAUAUUUUUGUAAGAACAAAACUGGAAGAACAAUGGAGCAGAGGAACGGCGUGUGAGCUUGUUAUGCUUCCUCUUUUUCGCAAGAUCUGCACUGUUGUUACACAAUCGAGUGCAUUAACCUCACUUUUAGCACUUGCUGUCCCAUCUUCGCAUCUGCUUCUGAGAUCCGUGUCAGACCAAUAACAACUCCAAGGGCAAAAAUGGAAAAUAAAAAAGGAGCACUCUUGGAUUUUCUGCCAUGACUACAGUAAGGUUUAUGGGUCUCUGGGUGGGAGCUGGUAUUUCUUAAGUUAAAUAGCUUAGAUUUGCAAACUGGGUGUUCUCUGCCAUUAAACACAUGCUGUCGUGGCAGCGGGAAGCUGUGACGGGACUCCGUGCUAUGAACUGGGCUGCCCACAUUCCAGAUUGCACUGACAGCAUGCCAAAACCUUGAGGGAGGCAUCCAGGAGCCCCAGAUGUGCAGCUGUAACCUCCCUCCUGCUUUUUUUUUUUUCCUCUUUAAUGCAGGGUGCAGUAAUUUUGUAGCUUUGUAUCGGUCCUGUUGGCUCAGGCCAUGCAAUACACGUGGUUUAGGCUCUUUUUUGCUGACAGCAGGGUUGUGAUGCCAACCGGGACCUCGACAGCUUGAUGGCUUUGUGGGCUUCCUGGUGUGUCCCUUAUUUCUGUAUGUGGGGGCUACAAAGGACCGAUGGUGUGUAACGAACCCAGAUUGGUAACACACAGUUAAUGUUUUGAGAGCAACGCUGUCCAAUUCAGCUUCCAAAUGUCCUUGCCAAGCACUGGGGCCUCAACACCAAGUUGACCACGAAGCAGCAGUGUGGCCUCAUGGUAGAGAAGGCGAACAAUGUGCCGGGCUGCGUUCGGAGAAGUUGCCAGCAGGUCAAGGGAGGGGAUCCUUCCCCUCUGCUCAGCACUGCUAAGGUCACACCUGGAGCAAUGGGUCCAGUUUUGGGCUUCCCAGUAUGAGAGACAGAGUCCAACAAAGAGUCUGACAAAGGGCCACAAAGAUGAUGAGGGGACUGAAGCAUCCUACGAGGAAAGGCUGGGAGAGGCGGGACUGUUCAGCUUGGAGAUGAGAAGGCUCCAGGGGAGCUCAUCAGGUCUAUAACUACCUGGAGGAAGGGUGCAAAGACGACUGCGCCAGCAUCUCUGUGGUGCCCAGUGCCAAGACCAGAGGCCAUGGGCACAGACUGAAAAGUGGGACAUUCCCUCUGAACAUCAGGAAACUCUUCUGUCACCAUGAGGGUGCCAAGCCCUGGCACAGGUUGCCCAGAGAGGUGGCAGAGCCUCCAUCCUUGGAGACACUCAGAAUUGUCCUAGACAAGGCAAAGCACCAGUGGUAGAAGAGUCUGCCUAGGGGUAGGAGAAAUGCUGGCAGAUCCAGCGACGGAUCAUCCUGAGGAUGGGUUUACCCUGCUCCCGCUCAUGAACAGACUUACUGACCUCCGGCUGAUCCUCUGAGGCCAUGGAGAGGGCUGAGGGGCUGGAGGGUGCCGCUGUCUCACCAUCUUUCUUUGUCUACUUAAAGCUGCUCUUCAUUCCUUCUCUCCUAAGAACUCAGGACAAUCUCUGCUCAGGUACGCUGGGGGUUGGGCUCUUAUAUCUGGUGCUUCUGCUCUAAAAAUGUAAGUUUUAAAAGCAACCUUGGUUUUCCUGGCAUUUUCUUCCUCUCUUAAAAUGGCAAGUAUGAUACAGUGCCCACAGCUGGAGCAUUGCAAGCGGGAGGUCCAGCCUCUGGGGUAUUUUUAGAAACAAGAGACCCUCAGGCCUUGUUUGUUAAACUCUUUUGACUCUCCCCAUCAACAUGUGCUGCAAAGAUAUAAAAAAAGAUAUAAACCA